AUGCAGUACACUGCUCAUUUUGUCGUCUUCCUCAUUUUCCCUCUGCAGCAGCGCGAUUCAGAGCAGCAGGGCGACGUGCUUUCGUCCUUGUGGCCUCGAGAUAGAGCCACGUUGCUCGCCAAGGACACGGGAAUCGAUCCCAACCGUCCUUCUACCCUUUCCUCUUCCGGAAAUGACCAAAUUUCGGAAAAAGGGUGUCUCCCCUUAAUGGUGAAAGAAGUUUUGGGUUUUGAAAUUUUCGGAUGGGCUUUGGACCCAAAUUUUUCAUUCACUUUCCCUCUGUUUUGCCCUAAUUCCCCUGUUAUAUAUACCUUCUGGUUGUUCACUUUUCUGCUUGAAUUUCCAUCUGGACGUUGUGUUCGAGCUUCUCGUGGUGAAGGUCUCCGCCUCUGCUCGUUCCUGUCCCUUCGCUGCUCCGAAAGAGUCUACUGGCUAGCGCCUAACUUGGCUCAAGGUGUUGUUGCUUGUCUAAGUGCUGUAUUCCCAUUCCCCGCGAUUAAUCUCAGCAAAAUUGAACAAGAAAAAAUGUAUGCUAAAGAUUUCGAGGAUCGUUUAGUGGAUGGAAAUAUUCAAAUCAUGCUGAUAAGUACCUCUAGAACUAUAGAGGCAAAAUACAUUGAUCAUUGCACUGAAUUGAUCAAUUGGAAGGUUGUUCCUGUUGGUCCACCAGUUCAAGAUCCAAUCACUAACGACGUGGACAACAAGGAGCUCAUGGAUUGGCUAGAAACAAAAGAUGUGAAUUCAACUGUUUUCGUCUCCUUUGGGAGUGAGUAUUUCUUGUCAAAAGAAGAUAUGGAAGAAGUAGCUUUCGGGUUGGAGUUAAGUAAUGUUAAUUUCAUAUGGGUUGCAAGAUUUCCAAAAGGGGAAGACCAAAAUCUUGAAGAUGCAUUGCCAAAGGGUUUUCUUGAAAGAAUUGGAGAAAGGGGAAGAGUUUUGGACAAAUUUGCACCACAGCCAAGAAUUCUAAAUCAUCCGAGUACGGGAGGAUUUAUAAGUCAUUGUGGUUGGAAUUCAGUAAUGGAAAGUGUAGAUUUUGGGGUUCCUAUAAUAGCUAUGCCUAUACAGUAUGAUCAACCAUCAAAUGCUAGGUUGAUAGUAGAAUUGGGAGUCGCCGUAGAGAUUGUUAGAGAUGAUGAUGGGAAAAUUCACAGAGGAGAAAUCGCGGAAACUCUUAAAGAUGUCAUAACAGGGAAAACAGGGGAAAAUUUGAGGGGCAAAGUUAGAGAUAUCAGCAAGAAUUUGAAAUCUAUAAGAGGUGAAGAGAUGGAUACUGCUGCUGAAGUGUUGAUUCAACUUUGUAAGAAUAGUAAUGAGUGCAAAUAGUGUGCUCAUUUGGGGACUUCAUGGAUUAGUUGUUUGUCAGACUUUAGUUAGUUUCUUUGUGUAUUUGGUUUGAGGUGGAUGGGGGUCAUGUCCCGGUAAACUUAUUUC